AUGGAGAGCGAGCCGGCCACUUGGCGCGCUACAGCGCAGGGGGAGACUCCGUUGGAUAAGACGAUCAACUCGAUCGGCAUGGGAAGGUACCAGUGGGCUCUUCUCCUUCUUACUGGGUGUGGGUAUGCAGCGGAUAAUGCGUGGCUGCAGGGAGUAGCGAUCAUCCUUCCUCGGGUGCAGAAGGAUUUCGCCGUCCCAGACGGACAGAUUGGACUGCUCAGCUCGUGUACUUUUGCAGGGAUGAUGCUGGGAGCAUUCGCCUGGGGUACCUGGUCCGAUGCAAAUGGACGCAAGCUAGCAUUCGACGGGACGCUCCUCCUCGUGACCGUCUUCGGCUUCCUAUCAGCCUUCGCAGGCUCCUUUCCCACACUCUGUCUCGGACUCUUCUGUCUGGGUCUCGGACUGGGGGGAUCUAUGCCGACGGACGGAUUAGUCUUUGUGGAGAAUCUGCCCACGUCGAAACAGUACCUGCUGACGUUUCUGAGCGUGUUCUUCAGUAUGGGAUCAGUGGCCAGCUCGGUGUUGGGUCUACUCAUCAUACCGGGACCGGUGGAGAGGUGGAGGUGGUUCUUGGGAAGUUUGGCGGCAUUGACGACUUUCUUCUUGAGCCUGCGCAUCGUCUUCUUUCGGCUAAUCGAAUCGCCCAGGUAUCUGGCCUCUUCGGGACGAUACGAAGAGGCAAGGGUCGCUCUGCAGAAGAUUGCAGCAUAUAAUGGAGCCCCCCUACCUGUGGCUCUGAGCGACGUUCAUGACCAGGCAGAAGGCGCUAGCGAAGCAGGAGGGGGAAGCUCUGUGCAAGGGAAGGCUACACGGCAUCGCCAGCCAGACUCUAGAGGUGGAUACUCGGCUGUAGCCAGCAGCGACCCCGUGGAAGCUUCAGAAGGGGCAGAGGAAUGGCUGCCAGCUGCUGUGAGCGAGGCACUUGCGCCUCUAUUAGCAAAGUACGGCGCUUUGUUUGACGAUGAAUGGCGGUUGACGACUGUGCUCGUCUGGGGCAUCUGGACUAGCGUAUCCCUCGCCUAUACAAUGUUCAACGUCUUCCUCCCCAAGUUCCUCGAAUCACGCCUCUCUACCCCCACGGGUCCGUCCGACCCAAGCGCAGUCAUGCGCGACUACCUCCUCUAUGCCACUGCCUCUCUUCCGGGCUCUCUCCUCGGCGCAUGGUCAGUCGAAACCCGUCUGGGUCGAAAAGGGACCAUGGCUCUCAGUCUCUUUCUCACGGCUGUGGGGAUGUUGAGCUUUAUUCAAGCGGCUAAAAGGUGGCAGAUCAUACUUAGCUCGAUGACCAUUUCGCUCACGGCGACGACGGCGUAUGCGGCGCUUUAUGGAUACACACCGGAGGUGUUUGAGACUGAGGUCAGGGGAACCGCUUCCGGGACCGCUUCCGGUCUCUCGCGCCUCGCAGGGAUCAUUGCGCCCGUCCUCGCCGGCUGGCUCUUCUCCAUCUCGAUAAAUGUACCCCUGGUACUGUCUGUGAUUCUCUUCGUCACGGCUGCCGCCAUGUGUCUGGCUUUGCCCAUUGAGACGCGGCGUGAGAGAGAGAGGGAUGGGGAGCUGCAAGAAGGUGAGGGUGGGGCGGGAGACGGAGAGCGGAGAUGUGAUGUGACAUGA